AUGCAGUCCUCCUCAUACCAGGAUCCUGGACCCUCGAAUAAUGGGACUGGAAACGUCUCUCGGGAUGACAUAGAUGUUGGUCGCAAUAACCUCACCGACGGCGAUUCGGAACAGUCGCACGACGUGGCUCUCGAGCUGAACACGAAGAAGCGCGAGGUACAAAACCUUCAACCUAUCUCAAGGGCCUGCAGUUCCUGUCGAGAACGGAAGGUUAGAUGUGACAGAAAGCAUCCCUGCAGACACUGUGCAAUCUCCUUUCAAGACUGUAUCUACCCAGAACCGCGUCGGAGGAAGAGAAGAUACCUUCGUACCACUGAGCAGGUCGAGUCUCUCAAGACUAGGAUCGAGGUUCUAGAAUCAUGUAUCAAGAACCUCACACAACCUGCAGAUCCGAUGCGCAUGCCACCCUCUCCAGAGCGCCAAUUGGCCGGUCAGUCGAGCUUGUCCUAUUCUUCUGAGCACUCUCCAGAGGACCAUGACGAAGACAUCUCCUGGACUGCUCCAAGAUUCAUUCUCACGCGACACGCAACCGAGGAAGCCGAGGACGGAUUUCAGGGAUACUCGGGAGACCGAGCGUUCAUCCAACGGAUGAGAGAAAGGAUCAAAGAUUGGCCAGGCGACAAUGUUCGUUCACGAAUUCGUCCUCCAAGGAGGCCAUGUGCAAAACUAUUUGAGUGUGAUUACCCUCUUGCCGCAACCGCCUGCCUUCCUCCCAGAGAGAGGGCUCGUGCCUUGGUAGAUGCCGCGGUGGAGUCAUAUUCUCUUUUUCCCAUCCUACACCGGCCGAGCUUCGAUCGUUCCCUUGAAUCCAUUUACGCGACGACACCCAAUGAUUUCACGAUCGAGCAGCUACGAUUCCUCUCUCUUCUCUAUGCAGCCCUUGCCCUAGGGUGUAUGUUCAUUCAGGUUGACUCUGCGCAUGCCUCUCGCGAGCACGAGAUCGCCGAGGGACUACAGUACUUCGCGGCCAGCCGUGCCUUUGUUGAUGUUGGCGACGGUACGGAUGAACAAUCACUCCAAACAAUGAUAUUCCUCAUCCUUUUCACUGUCUGCAACGCUCGUGUUGGUACCUGUUACUCAUACGUGACCCAUGCACUGACACUUGCCCUCCGCAUGGGUCUCCAUCGUUCAAAGUCUAAACACGACGAUCUAAUCGAACGAGAAGUAGGCAAGAGAAUAUUCUGGGUCCUGAGACUCCUCGGAAGCUACUUUGCAACGGCAUGUGGCAUGCCCAAGCUCUUAAGCGACGAGAAUGUCGACCAAGAUUUGCCGAUGGAAGUUAACGAUGAAUACAUCACCAAAACAUGUAUUUCGCCCCAGCCUCCGGGGGAAGUGUGUUCGAUAGCGGGCUUGAAUGCAAUCAUCGCCCUUUACAAGAUCUUGGAGCAGGUUGUCAGGGAUAUAUAUCCGCCUCGAGGAGUCGUCAGGACGCACGGAACACAGGCUGCAACAUAUCUGGUCCGCGUUGAGAAGGUCAAAGAUAUCGAGAGGGCUCUGAAAAGAUGGAUAGAGAAUCUGCCGUUCGGAUUCCGUCUGAAGGCCCAUGUGGUUUCCAGACCUUUGCUCCGGACGCAAUAUCUACUCCGUAUGUCGCAUGCCCACGUUCAACUCUACCUCUACAGGCCUUUCCUCCAUUAUCUCUCCAAAGCCACUACUCAAAAUGCAUCAUCGCCCGAUCUUACUUUUCCUCCGUACGCAGCCGCCUGUGUGCAAGCGUGUCACACUAUUCUGAGCCUCAGCGACGAAAUGUACAAUCAAGAUCUCCUCCGGGGUGGAUGUUUUACGGUCUUGCACAUGAUCUUCGGAUCUGUCGUGACACUCAUGUUCAUCAUUCUCGAUUCCCACGACUGGGAAGGGAGAGAACAGUCUUUCAAGGAUAUAUCGAUCGGCCGAAAAGCUAUUGCUCUUCUCGCAAAGUGCAACAACACUGCUGAACGAGCGCAAAUCAUUCUGGAGGUGAGUGGGAUGGCUUUCCGUCUCUAG